AGAGUAUGUACCAAAUAGUGUGGUAUAGUUUGGGUUUGGUUCGUAAUAACUUUUUGAUAUAAAUAUUGGACGUCGCCGAACAAACAGUAUCAUUGAUCACAGUGAACUCAGUAGUAACACACUCAUUUCAAGUACCAGCAUAAUGGCUUUCAAGUUCGUCGUAUUCCUGGCUUCGUUGGCCGUUGCUAGCGCUGGAUACCUGGAAGCUCCAGUGUCGUACGGUGCUCACUACUCUCCAGCCUCGGCUGUGAGCUACAGCACCAUCUCCCAGGCUGCCCCUCUGGCCAAGUCUGUGGCUUACGCUGCUCCAGCUGUGGCCACCUACGCCCAUGCUGCCCCAGCUGUUGCCACCUACUCUCACGCCCCAGCUGUAGCCACCUACGCCCAUGCUGCUCCAGUUCACUACUCCGCCCCAGCUCACUACUCCACCCCAGCCAUCGGAGCUACCCACGAGAGCACCAUCCGCAGCCAUGAUGCCACCGUAAGCCACUACUCCAAGGCCGUCGACACCCCAUACUCCAGCGUCCGCAAGUCUGACACCCGCAUCACCAACGAAGCCCCCAAGCUGGCUCUGGCUACCACCUACGCCCACGCUGCCCCAGCUGUUGCCACCUACUCCCACGCCCCAGCUGUUGCCACCUACGCUCAUGCCCCAGCUGUUGCCACCUACUCCCAUGCUCCAGUUGUCGCCAAGCAGGUCUCCUAUGCCGCCCCAGCCGUAGCCACUUACGCCCACGCUGCUCCAGCUGUUGCCACCUACGCCCACGCCCCAGUUGUCGCUAAGCAGGUCGCCUAUGCCGCCCCAGUUGCCACCUACGCCCACGCUGCCCCAGCUGUCGCUACCUAUGCCCACGCUGCCCCAGUUGUGUCCGCCCACGCCACCAAGACCCUGACCUACUCCCCAGCUGUUGAGGUCGCUCAUGUCAGCUACGACGGAACCCACGCCCAUUAUGGCUGGUAAAUCGCAGAUCACUGAUCAAAUCUUCUUCACCUCCCCACUCCUCACGAAAACAAACUCCCGCCCCAAAUCAAUCCCAAAAGGUUCCUUCCACACAAACAACGUGAAACCCUACUUACCUAUUUAUUUGUAGAACUGUUGUUUUGUUAGCUCAAGCUGUGAAGCCUGGUGAAUCGGCGUCCAGGUUUUCCUUCCUCGACCCGUGGGAAGGAUUUGCCAUCCUGGACGCAUGAUUCACCUGUAUAGAGAUCAAUAAACUAGGCAAAACAAAA